GGGCUGCAGAGGCGCCUGGCGCACGGCGCGAGCGGAGCCGCGGUGCUCGCCCGGGACGCGCCAGGGGGUCGCGCGGGCGGGCGGGCUGCCGCCGCUUCGGUCGCCAUGUGCGCGCAGGUCUGGCUGCUGACCGACCGGCUCAUCCGCGAGGACUACCCGCAGGUGCAGAUCCUGCGCGCGCUCCGGCAGCGCUGCUCCGAGCAGGACGUGCGCUUCCGGGCUGUGUUCUUGGACCAGAUCGCCGUCACUGUAGUCGGCGGCCACUUAGGCCUGCAGCUGAGCCAGAAACCCCUGACCACCUUCCCCGAUGUGGUGGUUGUACGAGUGUCCACGCCCUCCGUCCAGUCGGAUAGCGAGAUCACCAUCCUGAGGCACCUGGAGAAGCUGGGCUGUCGCUUGGUCAAUCGUCCUCAGAGCAUCUUAAACUGCAUCAACAAGUUUUGGACAUUCCAAGAGCUGGCUGGACAUGGGGUCCCCAUGCCAGACACCUUCUCCUAUGGUGGCCAUGAAGACUUUUCUAAAAUGAUCGAUGAAGCAGAGCCCCUGGGCUACCCAGUGGUGGUGAAGAGCACUCGGGGACACCGGGGGAAAGCUGUUUUUCUGGCUAGAGACAAGCAUCACCUCUCUGACAUCUGCCAUCUGGUCCGCCAUGAUGUGCCCUACCUGUUCCAGAAGUAUGUGAAGGAGUCACAUGGGAAGGACAUCCGGGUGGUGGUGGUGGGCGGCCAGGUGAUUGGCUCCAUGCUACGCUGCUCCACGGACGGCCGCAUGCAGAGCAACUGCUUUCUAGGUGGUGUGGGUGUCAAGUGCCCACUGACAGAGCAAGGCAAGCAGCUGGCUAUCCAGGUAUCCAACAUCCUGGGCAUGGAUUUCUGCGGUAUUGACCUUCUCAUUAUGGAUGAUGGCUCCUUCACGGUGUGUGAGGCAAACGCCAAUGUCGGCUUCCUAGCCUUCGACCAGGCAUGCGACUUAGAUGUGGGGGCAAUCAUUGCAGACUAUGCCAUGUCCUUGCUGCCAAACAGGCAGACCGGGAAGAUGGCCGUCCUCCCGGGGCUGUCGAGUCCCAGGGAAAAGAGUGAGCCAAAUGGUUGUGCUCCAGCUCAGGGAGUUGAGAAUGUCUAUACCAUCAACAAUGGGUCUACCUCUAGUGAGAGUGAGCCUGAACUGGGAGAGGUCCGGGAUUCCUCAGCAAAAACAAUGGGGGUCCCACCCCCCCAUGUUGCCCGAACCUGGCUACAACAUUAACAGGAUUGCUUCAGAACUCCAGUGAAUUCCUGCUUCUUUGGCAGCAUUUAGACCAAAUCCUACUGCUUCCCUGAGUAGUGUCCAGUGAGUAAGAUCUGGACUAAUUUGAUUUCAUUUGCACAGAAACUAAAAAAUCCCAUCCAGGCACUCAGCAUUCUUUCUAACAGUGGUUUGAAUGAAUAGCCUAGCUUUGUGGUUUUUAUGAAGACUCAUAUAAAAAACACUCACCAAAAACAACAUCCCAAAUGAUCUGUUUGAGACCAACGUGUACUUCGAGCACUUGGAUGCAGUGGUAGGCUUUAAGGUCCCGACUCUAUGCUGCUGUCCCUGGCUGUUAGCAGCACCAAACAUGAGCUUGUCUCCUGGAAACACUGUUCUCACGUGUAGCCAGGAGAUGGAGGCACGUGCAGGCAGGUGGGAUGCUCAGAGAAUGCUAGAGGAUGUCUCCCCCUCCUCCACUCCCCCUCGGAUGUCUCCCCCUCCUCCACUCCCCCUCGGUCACCAUCUUACCACAGUCCUCCCACACUGGGGAGCUUCCUCUCUAGCCAUCUCGCUGAAGCGCUCUGUAGAAAGUGAGAUGGAACGUUCUUUGACCUCAUUGGUUGGCCUAUGUCCUGCUUUGUAACAGGGCAUUUCUACAGAUCGCUUUGUCACUCAGAAUCUAUACCCGUUUCACCUAACGCCAGCUCUAGCAGCUUCACGCACCUUUGCUGCCUUUGACCUCAACUGGAAAUGCAUCUGGAUGAGCUAUGUCCACACACUUUGUUUCUUGUGCACUAGAACCCAACACUAUGGAGUUUUCUUCUCAAUGAACUCGACUCCCUUGUCAUCUGGAAACCAGUGGGAUUUUACCACAGAAAGUUACUGGACAGUGACUGUUCCUUCCCCCUGCUUCUGGAUGUUCUACCCUACCCAGGCUCCAGGAACCUGCACUUACCCAUUUUUCCAAAUUGGGGAGACUCGGGCAUUUGUGGAGGGGUGAGCAGGGCUAUUGUAGACAUGAUACCAAGUGCUUUCCACUUUAGCUCUUCAAGCAGUAGAUGAGAUCUUUCCCUUGGGAGGGAUUGUAGAGAUGGAGUGUUGUGUUUCUGCUUACAGGAAGUCUAACUGAAAACAAGCAAUGGCCAAAUACAUCUGAACAAAUGCAUCCUGGAGUUACCUCAUUGCAGUUACCUGGGAGACCAUCCUCUUGGGCUAUUUUAUUGCAGGUGCCAAGAACAUUGAGGGUUCCUCUUUGGGGUUACCUCAGAAGCCAUCAAAGGAAAGAGGCCUCAUAACUCUAUCAAGAGGCCCUGUUUAGCUUCCUUUAUUCUCUUCCCACUCCUGCUACCUGCCAAGGCAGUGCCAAGCUCCACCACCCAUUGUAUUUGCCAGAUAAAAGACUCUCUGUCCACCACCCAUUGUAUUUGCCAGAUAAAAGACUCUCUGUCCACCACCCAUUGUAUUUGCCAGAUAAAAAACUCUUUGGCUAUUAAAAAAUUAUAGACCUAGCCAUAAGAACAAAGAUUUGCCCACUCUGAGGAAACAUGUAAGUUGACAAUUUCCAAAGAGGGUUCUAGAAAUGCGAGUUGGGUCUGCUACACCGAAAUAAGCAACACUUCCCUUAAGGUGUCUACUUUGAAGGCAGUACCGUCCAAGAGUAAGCGCAGGCACACAGUCCCUGUCUUUACUCCACCGGAAGAGUAGUGUGUAUAAAGUCAAAACUGUAACAUGUUUUCACAACACAUUUCAAUAGAAAUUGGCCUUUAAAAUAUUGUAGUGAAAACCAGAUUUCACCAACCACCAGUUGUACAACUGAAAAACGUUGGUGCCACGUCAUAGAGAGAUGUCACACCUGACAGCUGUAGUUUCUACGCGGUCUCACCCCCAGGGUACCUGCCACUGAACUGAAACCUGAGGAAUGUGUGUGUACAGCUAAGAAAGGACAACACGUCCCCUUGUAGACUGAGACCUGUGUCGUCUUACCACUCCGGGCGGCUUUAGAAGAAGGCUAAUUAGGUUCCGUUCCUGCUGGAAACGGUCAGGUGUGAGCGAGCCCACUGUUGGGCGCUCGGCAGCCACACUCACGAAUGUCCACUGUUGAGUGCAAGCCUCUUCCCGUUGAUCUGAGUCCACUGAGGCCCAGGCAGAGCGACUCAGAGUGUUCCCAGAUUCCUUUGCCAAAGGAGGCCCGUUUCCCAGCUGGCAGAGAUGUCUGUCAUUGGUGUUAUUGUCCCAAACUAACCCUGCCUAGAGGCAGAGGGAGCUGACUCUCAUUUGGAUCCUAGCCCUGCUCUGGGAUUUCCAUCCCACAGCUGGCCAUGGGCAAUUACUUGAGUCUCAGCUCCGUGGCCCAGCCGUACUUGCCACAGCUGCCUACACUUGCUGGAAAGAACCUGGGGAAGCAGAGCCAGAGUCUGGUCCAGGCUCUCCCAACACGGCUGGCCACCUGAGCUCUGCGUCUCCGUAUUUCCUCUCUGUAGACAGGGGAAACGGCCUAUUUUAUUUACCUCUUGGUGCACUCUGAGGUUGAAGUGAGUUCAUAAGCACAGCUAUGCAUUUGUGGGAGGUGGUGACAGACACCUCCUACGUGUAGUUUUAUGUUUCUCAUCACUCCUCUGAGAGAGUUAAAAAAAAGGAAGAGCCUAUGAAUUCUUGGCAUUAGCAAGCUCAACGGUAGUAGCGGCCCAGAAGGAAAGAAUGCAGCUUCCUAGAGGCCUGCCUUCUAGCCAGAGAUACUUCACAACCUGAAAUGAGUACCUUGGGGUAGCCAAAGAACCUUCCAGAUGUAUCCUGUAUAGCCUGAAACCCUUAAUUCAUGUACCAACACCAAGUCUUCCUCUGUAAUAUAGAUUCAGGGUGUGUAUGUAUGUGGUCUUCUCACUGUCUGGUAGCAACAUCUUGAAACUGGUCAAAACUUGAAUGUCACUCAGAGUAUACAUGAUUCUGCACUUGGGAAAAAUA